UCUGCAUCUCUUCCAAUCUCCUUUUUUUCUUACUCUUCAGUUGUUCUGCUCUACAUUGAUCGUCGAAGAUUGCCAUGGCGGAUAUGUUUCUUGAUCCAAUCAUGGAGAAGCUCAUCAGCGCUGGCUUCCGUUACCUGAAAGAUCAAGUCAGAUGGCAGAAACGCACGAACAAGGAGCUGGAAAAGCUGAAAGAGAUUCUCCCCCAGAUCCAAGCAGUCGUCUGCUUUGCUUCCAGCCAAGAGCAGAUCACAGAAGAAUAUCCGGAUCUUAACAAAUGGCUAUGGCAGCUACGUGAUGCCAUUGAUGAUGCAGAUGACGUGUUUGAUGAGCUGGAGUACAUGGAACUUGAAAAACAGCUGACCAAAUACAUAAUCGUCGGUGCCAUGGCGGAAUUAGCUGUAGGUCCAAUCAUGAAAAAGAUCAUCGACACUUGCUCUGUUUUCCUUGGUAACGAUUACCUUAAAGAUUACGUUAAAGAUUACCUAAAAGAUCAAUUCAGAUGGCAGACAGGCAUGAAGGAGGAGCUUGAAAGGCUGCAAGUGAACCACCCCAAGAUCCAAGCUGUCGUCUUUGCGGCUAACCGAGCACAAAUCAGCGAUCAGAACCCCGAUCUCAAGGACCCGGCUCUCAACAAAUGGAUAUGGCAACUGCGAGAUGCUAUUGAUGAGGCAGAUGAUAAACGAAAGGUCACAAGCUUCCUAUUCGAAAGAGCUCGUAAAAUUCUCAAAAUUGGCGAACGUGGUCUCAAAAUGGAUCCCAACUUGAAGCGGCUGGAGGAGGCUGUGCGGAAACUUGAUAAAGUUUCGGCUGAUGUUACUACUUUCCUUCAUCUUUUAGACAGCGCGAAGCAGGAACAGAAGGCGCACGAGGUUGAUUUCUACAAAACACGUGAAACAGGAUAUUUGCCUAACAAUGAUCUCAUCGGGCGGCGCAAGGAGAAGGAGCUUGUUAUGGAGUGGCUGAGGAAUCCAUCAAAUGAGCCUCGGGAAACUGAUUUGUACAGAAACAUUUCUCUUCUAUCUAUAGCGGGCCAUGGUGGUAUGGGGAAGACAACUCUCUUACAACAUGUCUAUAACGAUGAAAUCACACAGGAAUUUGAUCUUAAAAUGUGGGUUUGUGUUUCCGACAACUUUGAUGUGAAAAAAGUCAUUGCAGAUAUGUUGGAAUGUCUUAAGAAUGAGAGGCCCCGUUUGGAAACACUUGGGGCACUUCAAAGGCGUCUCGAGGAGGAGGUGAUGUCCAAAAAGUUCUUACUUGUGCUGGAUGAUAUUUGGGAGCAGGAUGCGGAGAAGGAUAAAAUCAAAUGGGAGGAUGUGCUCGCCCCUCUAGCUUCUGGGGGUUUUGGCAGUAAGAUUCUGCUAACAACUCGAACGGACUCAGUUGCACUAAUGUUUGCAAAGGUAAUUAAAAAUAAGAAGGAAAUAGUUAAAUUACAGGGCCUAGAGGAAGAUGAGUGUUUGCAUCUCCUCAACUCUCAUGCAUUUGCUGGCGUAGAAAACCCCCCUGAUGAUCAUAAAAAAUUAAGAGCCAUUGCUGGAGAGAUAGUUAAAAAGCUUUUAGGAUCUCCAUUGGCAGCUAAAGUCAUUGGUGGUAUUCUGAAUGACAACUUAGAUGAAAGGCAUUGGAGGACAGUUCUAGAAAGUAAUUUAUUGAGUCAGAAUUCUAUCCAUUCCAUCUUAAGACUGAGCUAUAUAGUUCUGUCAAAUCAUCUACAAAAUUGUUUUGCAAUUUGUUGUAUGUUCCCACACGAUCAUAAGUUUGAUAAAGAUGAUUUAGUCCGAAUGUGGAUUGCAUUGGGUUUCAUUCAGCCGUCUCAAGGAAUGAUUAUGGAGGAUAUCGGAAUAAGGUAUUUUGAUGUUUUAGUCAAAAAAGCUUUAUUUGACAAGGUCGGAUAUGGCUACAAGGUCGGAUAUUACUACAAGAUGCAUGAUUUAAUAUAUGAGUCAGCAUCUAAUUUUUUUGCACAGGAAUGUGGUAAACUUGUGAAUGAUGAAGAAUCAUCUCUCAAAAUUUAUGAGACUAUUCGACACUUGUCUGUUCAAACUAUAAAUCUAGACAUCAUAAGAAAGAUUGAGAAGUUUAAACAUUUGCAUUCUCUUUUCUUGUUCUAUGAAUAUUUUAAUAAGGAUCUUUGGAGUGCACUUAUUGAAAUAUUCAAAGCACCAAGAAGCCUACGUUUAUUAUACGUAUAUGCUCCAGGCUUCAAAAUGUUACCUCAGGAGAUAAUGUUACCUCAGGAGAUUGGAAAUUUGAUACAUCUUCGAUACUUAAAUAUUAAUGCUUUUGCUUUGAUUGGGCUACCAAGAUCUCUAAGUAAUCUAUAUCACUUGCAAUACAUAAUCUGUGAUGGAUGGGUGUCAAGCAAAUCUGAAGUGGAUGGUUUUUUACCAAGUGACUUUAAUAACUUUUCUAACUUGCGUUACAUGAGAUUACCCAACAAUUAUAUUUCAUUGAUAUAUGGGAUUGGGAAGCUAAAGUAUCUUCAAGAACUGAAUAAGUUUGGUCUUAGAGAUAUGAGUGGUUAUAGAAUUGGGGAGCUGGAGAAUAUGAAUGAUCUUUGCAAAUUAGGAAUCAAUUGCCUUGAAAAUGUUAAAGAUGCCGAGAAGGCUUGUAGUGCCAAAUUAUGUGAAAAGAGGAGGCUCACAGAUUUGACCUUAUGUUGGAGUUGGAGUCACACUGAUUCGAGGAACACCGACUUAGAUGAGAACGUGCUCGACAACCUUCAGCCACCAAAAUGUCUAAGGAAUCUGAGCAUAGAGAGAUACAUAGGUGCAAGGUCUGCGAUAUGGAUGAACAAUGUCAAUCCGAUCUUCAAUCUAGAGAAAAUCAAUUUGACAGGUUGCAUGGAGUGGGAAACUCUUCCACCUUUUGGGCAACUUCCCUUCCUCAAGUCACUGGAACUUUUUAAAAUGCCGAAAGUAAAAUGGCUCGAAAGUAAAUUUAAUGGGAAUUAUAAAUGCCAUGCCUUUCCAUUGCUAGAGAAGUUAUAUAUUGAGAGAUUAGAAGCAUUAGAGGAUUGGUUUGAGGCAGGAAUAGCUCCUGAAGAUGGAUCUUUGUUUCCUUGCUUAAUUGAAUUGAAGCUAAAUUACUGCCCGAAGUUGAAAGAGUUGCCCUGUUUGCCUACUAAGCUCAAGAGCUUGAGGAUAGAAUUUAUGGAGUGGAAGACUUUGAAUUUUUGUAGCAAUUCAAAUCCUAUUCCCCUUGAAACAUUAGAGGUCUCUCGCUGUCCUAACAUUACAUCUCUUCCUCUGGCUGAUGAAAUAGCAAGACUUGCAGCACUAAGAUACUUGACAAUUAGAGAUUGCCCCAAUCUGAUCUCACUGGGAAGAUAUCGAGAAGUGGAGACCACUAAUAAUUGUCAUCUCAUACUCAACAAUCUCAGUAUAAGUGAUCCAUCGGUGUUGCUAAUGGAUCCAUUGAGAAGUAUCGCCUCCUUAAAAGAGCUGAGUAUUGAGUAUAAUGAUAAGCUGGUUUCAUUUCCAAAUGAGGCGGAGCAGUGGCUUCUGAAAGUUAGGCCUUCUCUUUCUGAGCUGGAAUUUAGAUGGCUGAAAUCCUUAGAGUCUCUCCCUUCCUCCUUGGAAAGCUUAUCUUCACUUCAGAAACUAUCUAUUGGUUAUGAUGUUCCUAUGCUUCGGGAAUUACCGAACCUUCCUCCCUCUUUGAAAAGUCUAGAAAUUUUGGGGGGAUGUCAUCCAGAGUUGAAGGAGCGCUAUCGAGAGGAUGGAGGCGCCAAUCGCCACAAGAUUGCUCACAUUCCGAAUAUCCAUAUUUCUACCGGAUAUUAGGUCCAACUACUUCAAUGAAAAUUUCAAAAUACAAAAGCAAACUUCUUUUCUUCUUAUCU